AGGACGGCGUCAGUUCCGCGUGCACUACGAGAGUUUUCGAUAGUCAUGACGUGAACUAAAAUAUAUUAAUACCUUCGAUAUCUCAUUUUUGUAUUUUCAUGCUUCGUUUUCAUUCGCGCCAUUUUUUUUUCUGUGUGUAUUAAAGCGCGUGUUCUCGGCUUCAUUACACUUAAAAAUCAAAAACCCGGGUGCUGUGGACAGCCCGGUAAACGCCGACGCUGCCCAGUCGUAAUUGUGGAUAUCGAAAACCACCAAAAAGCGUUCCAACAUCGACGCUUUACUGUUGAAUUUCUUAGUUGGAGAAUGUUAAUAAAAAACAUCGUUUUAAGACCGUUUGUUUUUAGGCGUGCCACACGUUUGUUUCAUCAACGCCAUCAAAGCAGUCCGUUAGGGCUUCAGUUCUACACCGUCUCACCUCUUUCGCGUUGGGGCGUAAACACGGCACUUCCUUCCCGAAAGUGAGGCACGUUUUCGUUGGUUCUUCUUCGGUUCUUCUUGUUUGGUGUUGGUAGGCCGCUUCUUUCUUAUUUUCUUUGCUUAAAAAAUUACAUCCGUCGACACCAUGCGAAAGGGCGACAGUGGGCCUCCGGGUGUCAGCGGUGACGAGGCGAUGGUGGUGCCACCGUCCCCACAAUCCGGUCCAUUUCAGCGCCUCCGUCAUGGUCCUGCAGCGCCGGUGACGAUGCCCUCGGCCAAGCGCAAGUCCGCUGCCCACAACAGGAUUUCUGCAAGAGGACGCAUUUACUACGCGAAGCUGGUCACAACCGCAACUACUAUUAUAAUUAUGUGCAUCCUUUAUAACUCGAUUGGAAGCACCAUCACAGUCCCAAAGGUCACGAUCGUGCCGGUGCACCCCGUGCAGCUGGAGCCCGGGAAGGCCAACCCCAUCGCGCUCAUUAUGCCGCUCGUCGGCUACCCGCUGAGCAACAGCACAGGAGUGGAGUUGCUGCGUGAGCUGCUGCAGCCGCUGCUGCUGUCGGAGGCGGCGCUGUGCUACCGCGCGGACGACGGGGCGGCGGUGCCGGUGGUGGCGCACGCCGUCGUCGUGAGUCGCGUGUCGGCCACUGCGGUGCGGAGUGCGGUGCGUGGCGUGUUGGCGAAGGGCUCGACGACGGCGGGGUCGGCGGUGGCGGCGGCCCAGAGGGGCGGAGCGCUGACGUCCGGUGCGCGGUGGCGGACGUGGGAAGUGAGUGUUGCGGCGGUGCGCUUGGCCCUGCGACUGACGAACGCGAACGACGGCGGAGGUGCGCGGUGCCUGGCGGAGGCGGUGACGGUGGUGGCGCACGCGGUAGAAGAUUGCGACUCGGUUUACGGCACGGAGCCGGCGGAGACGCUGGAGGUGUUGGUGGACGCCGGUCUGCGGACGCGCGGCGGGGGUGCGGGGACGCACUUUGUGGUGCUGCCGUCCUUCUUGGGCGCGUCGAGGAUGGCGCACACGGAGCCGGACGAUGCGUCGGAGGCGCGGCGCGCGGGAACGGGGCUGUUGGAUGCGCUGCUGCGGACGGCGACGACGCGCAACGGCGGUCGUGUGGCGGCGGCGCAGUGCACCAUCCUGGCAACGGCGGAGCAGCCCGGCUCGCCUUCCCUCCUUCCGCCCGGUCUGGUACCAGCGGAGCUGUCGCGGCACGACCUGCAACGCCUGCAGGUGCUGGAGAAGGCAGCCAUUGUGGGCAGCACCAACGAUGACACGAUGCUGGUGCCUUUUCUGGCGCGGCGGUUCAGUGGGUACCUCGCCACGGAUCAACGCGCCUCGUGGGAGGAGGUGGUGGACGCGGUGUCGCUGAACUGCGGUAUCUUCAGCCGCAGCCUCUACAACGCCGUCGGCGGCCUCGCAGGCGCCCUCUCCGUAAGCGGCGCGCAGCACCCCUCGAGUACGCUUCCCGAUCACGUGCUGGCGCGCCGGACCGCGGGGGGUGGGCGCUGUCGCUGCGGAUGCAGGAGGUGUACCCGGACUGGCAGGUGUGGAGCAGCCGCGGCGUGGCGGUGCUGCGGGACGACCUUACGGCGGGGCGCAGCAGCCCGAUAG